CAAAAAAAAGUCAACCAAAUCCUGAUAAAUAUUUUUUGGAACGAUUAUGUUUGGUGCCUUUGUAUGGACGAACAAGGUAAGACUUGAACAAAGGACUCUGGUUUGACUACUUCAACUUCUUUACAGAGUCCUAUGGAAUCUGACUGUGUCCCCACUAACUGCUAAAAAGUCGUCUCCUCCAUCAUCAUCAACACAACAAAUUUACCUUUAGUGGGUGCCAACUUCUCCGAUGAAACAGAGGACCAAGUGUUUCCUUGAAGUCGUUUGCUAGAUCAGAGACUUGGUAAUCAGAGUGAGACAAAACCAGCCUUGAACAAAUGACCCAAGAAGAUAUAAGUACAAAUGAUACAUUAAUUGGCUCGUUGUUGGAGUCCAUUUCCGAGGUGAUCAGAUCUUUGGAGUUGUUACAAUCACAAACAGGGAGCUUCCUUGAAUGUGCAUGCUACUUUUACCGAGUCUCAGUCGUGUUAAUGGAGAUACAGACGGGAGAGAGUUCCAUCACAUGUCCAACGGAUGUGGUUGAAUCACUAUCCGAGAGUAUAGAAGCAGCCAAGUAUCUCCUCGAGAUAACUCAAGAAAGCAACGGACCAGAACCAACCACUGAUCUGACAAGCAUUGAGGCAGGCUUACAAGGCGUUGUGAAGCAGAUUGGUGAAACUCUGCAGUCCAUACCUGAAGCGAUAAUCGACGAGGAAGAGUAUAUAGGAGUCGUUGUCCAGUCUCUUUCAAAUGAGAUGCAGAACGCUAACGUUGGUGAUGGUAGUAAGAGUGAGAUUUUACAUAAUAUUCAGCAGAAGAUUUCUCAAAGGCAUUCACAUGAGGAGUUGGUGUCAGAGGAGCAAAUAGAGACAGAUCUCUAUCCUAGUGAUCCUGAAGUUUCCUAUGCAAGUUACCUGAGUGAAUCACAAAUGAGCGAGAUACCAGAUAUACCAAGCCAGAGCACAUACGUUAGCAGCAGCCAGAGAAAGUAUGGAACUCUGAGCGAGAUAGUUGAUAUCCCUAGCCAGAGCACAAUUGUUAGCAGCAGCCAGAGAAAGUAUGAAACUCAGAGUGAAUCACAAUCACAAACGAGCGAGAUACCAGAUAUCUCAAGCCAGAGCACAACUGUUAGCAGAAGGCAGAGAAAGUACGGAACUCUUAGCGAAUCCCUGUCAAUGUUACCACAGGUGACACAGUUCAUGGAGCCACCAUACCAAGCCUUCAUCUGCCCCUUGACCAAAGACGUAAUGGAAGAUCCAGUCACCACGGAAACAGGAGUAACCUGCGAAAGACAAGCAGUAACGGAGUGGUUUGACAAAUUUGGAGACCCCGAUGAGAUUAGCUGUCCGGUCACAGGGCAAAAGUUGACAACCGGAUUAAGUCCCAAUCUUGUCUUGAAAACCAUCAUUGGAGAAUGGAAAGUGCGAAACGAGACGGCAAGAAUCAAGGUGGCUCACGCAGCUUUAUCCUUAGGCGGUUCAGAAAGUAUGGUUAUCGAUGCGUUAAGGGAUCUGCAAAUGACCUGUGAAGGGAAAGAGUAUAACAAGUUAAAAGUCCGUGAAGCUGGGAUCAUUCAGUUGCUUGAUAGAUACUUAACCUACAGAAGUAAAGAUGUGAGGUAUGAACUGCUACAAUUGUUAAAGACACUAGCAGACGAAGACACUGAUGAAGGAAAGGAAAUGAUUGUGAAUACGUUAGCUAUGUCAUGCGUGAUCAAAUUUUUGGGAAGCAGUCACCAGACUGUGAGACAUGCAGCACUAGCCUUACUGCUUGAGCUUUCGAAAUCUCAACAUGCAUGUAAGAAGAUUGGGAUUGCUACAGGGGCAAUAUUGAUGUUAGUUACCUCAAAGUACAAUGAAGAGUCGGAUGCCUUUGCGUCUGAAACAGCAGACCAAAUCUUAAAAAAUCUAGAGAAGUUCCCUCACAAUAUCAAGCAAAUGGCAGAGAGUGGGCUCUUGGAACCUCUUCUCAUUCAUCUAGCCGAAGGGAGUGAAGAGACGCAGGUGGUAAUGGCUGCAUACCUAGUGGAAAUUGAUAUUGGACAUGAGAAGAAAACUAAUGUAGCUGAGAAGGCUUGCCCUGCGCUCAUUAAGCUGGUGCAAAGCGAAAAUAUUGAGGCUAGAAGAGCGGCUUUCAAAGCUCUUGCUCACAUUUCGCUGUUUCACCCCAACAAGCAAAUACUGGUAGAAGUAGGCAUCAUCAAGAUCAUGGUCGAAGAGAUUUUCACCAAGCGGAUGUUCAGUGAUCUGAUGAACUCCAGGAACGAAGCUGCUACAAUACUUGCAAAUAUACUGGAAUCUGGGGUGGAACAUGAGACCUUUGAGGUGAAUACCACAGGCCACACGUUAGGCUCGGAUUACUUUGUAUUCAACAUCAUCCAAAUGCUCAAAAACUCAAGCCCAGAUGAUCUAAACAUUGAUUUGAUCAGGAUUCUUCUAUCCUUGUCCAAAUCACCCAGAGCAAUGGCAACUAUUGUCUCGGUGAUCAAAGAAACCGAUGCAAGCUUUGCCAUGAUAGAACUCAUCAACAAUCCUCAUGAAGAGUUGGGGGUUGGAGCCUUGAAGCUUCUCAUUGCUCUUACACCCUUCAUCGGUCACACGCUAUCCGAGAGACUAUGUAAAACAAGAGGCCAGCCAGAGAAUCUUAUCCAGUGCCCAGCAGAGGCAAAUCUGAUAACGGAGAAACAUGCUGUUUCAGCCAAGUUACUAGCUAAACUGCCUCACCAAAAUCUGACUCUUAACCUGGCACUUGUCAACGAGAGCAUAGUGUCUGAAAUCCUGCAUGCAAUCCAUCUGAUUCAGAGAAGUGGAACACGAACAAGCAGGUACGCAACUGAUUUUCUGGAAGGUCUCGUUGGCAUCUUAGUGAGAUUCACAACUACACUGUAUGAGCCCCAAAUGAUGUACCUAGCCAAAAACCAUGAAUUGACAUCAGUGUUUGCUGAUUUAUUGAUGAAAACAUCAAGCGACGAAGUUCAAAGGUUAUCAGCGACUGGAUUAGAAAAUCUAUCAUCUACAACUAUGACUUUAUCAAGGCCACCCCAAGUUAGGAACAAGAAGUUCAUGGAAUCACUGAGUAUGCCUAGGUCCUUCUCACUACGUUCAUCUAAAAAGAAGCAAAUAGAGACAUGCGCAAUCCACAGGGGGGUAUGUUCUGCAAAAGCCACGUUUUGCUUGGUUGAAGCAAAUGCAGUCACAAAGCUUCUAGCAUGUUUGCAGAGUGAUAAAACGGAGGUAGUGGAGUCAGCAUUAUCAGCUAUAUGCACGCUAUUGGAUGACAAAGUUGAUGUGGAGAAGAGUUUAAACAUGCUGAGUGGGAUGAAUGCGGUAGAACUCAUUAUAAAUGCGGUCAAAGAACACAAGAAAGAGUCUCUACUGCAAAAAGCGUUUUGGAUGAUUGACAAGUUCUUAAUUAGAGGUGGACAAAGGUAUGCAUUUGGCAUAUCACAGGAUAGGAUGCUGUCAGGUAUGUUGGUUAGCGCCUUUCAUCGUGGAGAUGGUAACACAAGGCAGAUGGCAGAAAAUAUCUUGAGGCGUUUGGACAAGAUGCCAAGUUUCUCUGUCUAUAUGACGGAAAAAAGUGACAUCUGAAACCCCGUAGGGCCUGACUAUUAUGAUUUAUUCCUCUCUUUGUAUUCAGUGUAUAAUUUUUUUCAGUUUGAAUGUGAUUUUACGUUGUUGUCACACACCAAUAACGGAGAUUUUUAACUUAACAUC